CCGCCUCCUCUGUCAGCGCGGCGGGACGCGCCGGGCCUCGGGGCGCCGGGCGAGCGGGGCCGGGCCGGGCCGGGGCCCGCAGCGCCCGCGGGCUCGGCCGCUCAACGGCGUCGGUGCGGCGGGGCCGCUCCCCGGGCUCCGGUGCCUGCCGGGCAGCUAUGACAUGGUGCACUAUGGCCACUCGAACCAGCUGCGCCAGGCGCGGGCCAUGGGCGAUUACCUGAUCGUUGGGGUCCACACGGACGAGGAGAUUGCCAAGCACAAGGGCCCCCCCGUCUUUACGCAGGAGGAGAGGUACAAGAUGGUGCAGGCCAUCAAGUGGGUGGAUGAGAUUGCUCCUGGAGCUCCUUAUGUCACCACGCUGGAAACCCUGGACAAGUACAGCUGUGACUUCUGCGUGCAUGGGGAUGACAUCACCUUAACUAUCGAUGGCAAGGACACCUAUGAGGAAGUAAAGACAGCAGGGCGAUACAGGGAAUGCAAACGCACUCAAGGCGUGUCCACCACCGACCUGGUUGGCCGCAUGCUGCUCAUGACUAAGGCUCAUCACAGCAACAUAGAUGAGGACCUAGACUAUCGGAAGCACACUGACAACUUUGGGAAGGGGCCCAAAGGUCACAGUCCCUGGACUGGUGUCUCGCAGUUCCUGCAGACAUCCCAGAAGAUCAUCCAGUUUGCGUCGGGGAAAGAGCCACAGCCAGGAGACACCAUCAUCUACGUGGCUGGAGCCUUCGACCUCUUCCAUGUUGGUCACGUGGAUUUCCUGGAGAAGGUUCACCAGUUGGCAGAGAAGCCCUAUAUCAUUGCUGGGCUGCAUUUCGAUCAGGAGGUGAAUCGCUACAAAGGGAAGAACUACCCCAUCAUGAACAUCCACGAGAGAACCCUCAGCGUGCUGGCCUGCAGGUAUGUCUCAGAGGUGGUGAUUGGAGCUCCCUAUGCUGUCACUGCUGAUCUGCUGGAUCACUUCAGGGUAGCGCUUGUUUGCCAUGGGAUGACUGAGGUGGUGCCAGACAAGGACGGUUCUGAUCCAUAUGAGGAACCAAAGCAACGUGGCAUUUUCCAGCUGGUGGACAGUGGCAGCAAUCUCACCACAGAUCUAAUUGUGCAGAGAAUCAUCAAGAACAGGCUGGAGUUUGAGGCUCGCAACCAGAAGAAAGAAGCAAAGGAGCUGGCUGUGCUGGAGGCCAUGAGAAGGCUGGAGGAGGAGAAGCACUAGGCUGCCGAGCCACACGCGUGAGCCACAGCGUGCUGCAAGCUCAGCCUCUGGCAGAGCAGCUGCUCUUCAGGACAGGACCCCAAAGGGGGGCAGCCCUGCUGGCACGCAGGAUGUGCUGUCCUACCCUCUGCUGUCCUAGCUCCUCCUGCACUAAUUAUGCAGACGUAACGAGUUGGGAUUCCGUUGCCUAGUUUUAUCUCCGUUAAUCAGUCCCUGUCCCUUUUCCCAGGAGGAGAUUUGACAAAACAAAAAGGUUUUAAUUAUAACUAAUGUUUUAACAUGUUGAUGUGCUUUUACCUUCUGCCAUUUCUGGCUCUUAGUAGGAGGAAAGUGGAGGAGCUGCCCGUGCCCUCGCCCUGGCUGGGCUCAGCGUUCCAGGGCAGCCAGGCAGUGCUGAGGUGGUGGGACAGGCAGUGACAGCAGCUUCCGAGGGGACAAGACAGGGCUCCCGUGCUUCCUCCUGCAGCUUUUGCUCAGGAGCCAGGGGCUGGCUGCCAGAGCUGGUGCUGGGCUCUGGGGGUCACUGUGCUGCCUCUCCUCAGCUCCUGCACACAGCCAGAGCUGCUCUGGGCUGAGCUGGAUAAAGGCAAAUCCUGUGCUGCAGGGUCCAGGCGUUUCUCCACACCAGGCAGAGGGAUCCUGGGCCCAGGCAGCAACUGCCUCGUGUGGACUGUGCUCAGAGCCCACCUUGCGCCCCAUGGAUUACCUGAGGGCAGGACCUGGCCAGGUGCAGGGUUAGGGGUGUUUUCUGGUGGCUGACAAGCAGCGUGCCUGCCUCUGAGGGGAGGUGCAGGGCUGCGAGGAAGGGUCCUGAGCUGUGAGCCCCUUUUGCCUCUUACAUUCCAGGAUACGUGGUGGGUAUCCUGAGCAGCUCACUGCACUGUGCCAGACGCUCCUUCCGGGCUGUGUCUGGUUCCUCUCUCUUGUAAACUUUUGUUGCUGAUCAUUAAUAAAAUGUUGAAGAGUU